AUGUAUGUAUCCUUGCUAACAAGAGACGAAAAGAACGAGAAGCUCAAGCAGCUAAUCCGGGAAAAGUUUAUGGAAUACCUUGACCGGGCUGAGAAGCUCAAAGAGCAUCUCGGCCAGGUCGCGCAUGCCGAAGGCGCCGAGGCGCAGGGCAAGGGCGCGAGUCUGAGCGCAAGUGCUGAAUCGAAAGGUGAGAGAGAUGAUUUGGAUGCAGAAACAAAAAAGCUGCGCUCGGGGCUCUCGAGUGUGAUCCUUACAGAGCGUCCAAAUGUCAACUGGGAUGAUGUGGGGGGCCUCAGCACUGCGAAAGAGGCGCUCAAAGAGGCGGUUAUUCUGCCCAUGAAGUUUCCACAGCUUUUCACCGGCAAGCGCAAACCGUGGAGUGGCAUUCUGCUGUACGGACCACCGGGGACCGGAAAGUCUUUCCUCGCCAAGGCAGUGGCCACACAGUCGAACAGCACGUUCUUUAGCGUGUCAAGCUCGGACUUGGUAUCUAAGUGGAUGGGUGAGAGUGAGCGCCUCGUGAAACAGCUAUUUGCGAUGGCGCGCGAGGCGCGUCCGUCGAUCAUCUUUAUUGACGAAGUUGACUCGCUGUGUGGUACACGCAGUGAGGGCGAGAGCGAGGCGAGCCGACGCAUAAAAACCGAAUUCCUCGUGCAGAUGAAUGGCGUCAGUAACGACGACCAGACCAACGUGCUAGUGCUCGGGGCCACGAAUAUUCCGUGGGCUUUGGACACGGCGAUCAAGCGCCGCUUUGAGAAGCGCGUGUACAUUCCCCUGCCUGAGCUCGAUGCGCGGCGUCGGAUAUUUGAGCUCAAUAUUGGGUCGACACCGUGUCAGCUUUCGCCCAAGGAUCUGCGCCUGCUUGCGAGCGAGACGGAGGGGUAUUCGGGCGCCGACAUUGCUGUGCUGGUACGCGAGGCACUGAUGCAGCCGGUGCGCCGUGUUAUGAAUGCGACGCACUUCAAGCGCGUAACGGUCCCAUCGACGGACGAUGGUGCAUCGCCCGCGGUCAAAUAUACACCCUGCUCUCCCGGUGAUCCUGACGCACAGGAAAUGACCUGGGUAGACGUCGGCUCUGACGAACUACAGGAGGUAUGUAUCCCGGCCUUACGCAGCCGCCGCUAG